AUGGCAUCGAAUUCAGCUGAAUAUCAAAAGAAUGACGGAUGUCAGCAAUCUUCGGGUAGAUUAAGUGUUCUUUUCCUGGCAUCUGAAUGGGGAUCAAGUAAAGGAGGGUUGUCCACCAUAAACAGAGAAUUAGCUAUAAACAUAGCAAAGCACCCGAAGGUAAAUGUCACUUUCUUUGUUCCACACUGCAAUGACGAAGACAAGGAAGCGGCUCGUCUAAAAAACAUCAAACUUGUUAAGGCAAGAAGAGUUCCAGGUAUCGAUGAACUACAAUGGCUCAGCACUCCACCAGAUGAUUUGCACAUUGACGUCGUCGUUGGUCAUGGAGUAAAGCUUGGUCCUCAAGCAAACAUCAUAAGAAAUUUACGGAAGUGUAAAUGGGUUCAAGUUGUCCAUACACUACCAGAAGAACUUGGGAUGCAUAAAACGUAUGCUAAUCCAAUAUCAGGGGCUGAAAAGAAGCACCAAACAGAGGUUGAACUUUGCCAAUCGGCUAAUUUCGUUGUCUCUGUUGGUCCAAAGUUGAAUGAGGCCUUUCGUUGUUAUCUUUCGUCGUGUCAUAAGGGUGAAAUGUUCUUUAACUUUACUCCCGGUGUCUUCACAGAGUUUUUUAAAGUUAAACUGGCUUGUGAUACGAGAAGAUUUCGAGUACUACUUUUUGGUCGUGGAGACGCAGAAGACUUUAAAUUGAAAGGGUUUGAUAUUGCAGCCAAAGCAGUGGCUGCAUUAAGUGACGUUUAUCUUGUUUUCGUUGGUGCACCGGAAGGAGAGCAUGAGAAGAUCAAAGAACGUUUUCUCGAAUGUGGUAUCCAUGAGAAUAAAUUAACCGUAAGGAGCUUUGUGCAAAACCGGGAAAGCUUAAAAAGUCUUUUUUGUGAGGUGGAUCUCGCUAUCAUGCCUUCAAGAACCGAAGGUUUUGGAUUAACGGGGCUUGAGGCUCUUUCUGCUGGUCUGCCUGUCCUGGUUAGUGGAAACUCAGGCUUUGGAGAAGCUCUAAGUGAAGUUCCAUUUGGAUCGUUUUUUGUUGUUCACUCAGAAGAUCCCCAGAUUUGGGCAGCAGUAAUAAAGGGCGUGCAGGAGAAAGACAGGAAAAAUAGGCUUAAAGAGUCUGAGGCACUGCGAUGUUCGUACGCAAAUAUGUACAGCUGGGAGGAACAGUGUGAAAAACUUGUCGUUAAGAUGAUCGGUCUGGUUCAAGGUAAGAUUUUUUGUGAGACAGAUCAAGUAGUAGUAUACUAUGUUGUUUUUACGCCCCUUUGGUGCGUUCCGUGUGCGUUCCCUUUAUUGAUAUUCAUAAGGGUCGAGUCCAUCACGUCACCCAUUGUUUUAACCUACAGAAAAAAUGAAUUCCUCCAUACUAAUGAGGGUAUUCCUCCAUCCAAUUCGGUACAGGUUUUCUAAUGAGCGAAUACUGUAAUAGGCACGAUAGGUUUGCCUCGGCUUGCCCGUUAAGUAACUUGAGCCCUGUUUUCGGACCGUCUAGUAAAAGCAAUAAGAAAGCGAUCACCCAGCAGCGCGAGAAACGGCUUCCUAUAUCUUAUUUAGCGCUAAUACUGAGAUAUAUAAACAAACCACAUACACAAAGUAGAGUUGAAAAGUCUUUAAUUCAAUGUGGGGUCGAUGAGGGGCCGAUAGGUGGUCGAUGUAUUUGUGGAUGGAAAAAUAUAUAGAGUAAAUGAGGAUGUGGAGGUGGAGGAGGGGAAUAAAAAACAUUGAGGAGGGAAAAUAAAACAAAAAUUGUAGAGGAGGGAAUAAAAACAAUGAGGAGGGAAAAUAAUAAAAUUGUGGAGGAGGAAAUUAAAAAAAAUUGAGGAGGGAAAUAAAAUUGAAAAGGGAGAGGCGUAAGUAAAACAUUGUGCGCAGUGUAAAAAAAAAGAGGGAUGGCUUGCCUUCUUUGAAUAGUUUAAUAGGAUCUAAUCUUUUUGCAAUUAUUUUAAUAAAGGGUCAUAAAGUUGAUUUCUUGUGUCUUAAGAAACGUGUCUGGUUUUAUUACUAGCAAUUAUUAGUCGCGUGUUUCAAUUGAUUCUUGUUAAGUUAUUAAUUGUUUUUUUGUGUGUUUUUAUUAUAAUACGUCAAGAUGCUCCCUUUGGGUUUUUACUGCAGAGCUAAUUUGUAUAUAUGCAACGGUGGGCUUGUGAACUCGCAUAAUUACCUGACUAACGGCGCGUGAAACGCUGAGACUUCAAUAGUUUUUCAUGUCCUCGAGAUAGAGAGGAGAAAACGCGGUUCUCUAAUAGUCAGACAAAAUUAAAAUUAAGAGUUUUCAGCUCCACUUUGUGUAUAUGUGUGUUUGUUUUGUUUAUAUAACCGAGUUUUAGCGCUAAAUAAAAAGACAUAAACUAUAUUGAAAUAAAGACUUUUCAACUCUAUUUUGUGUAUGCGUUUUGUUUAUAUAUCUCAGUUUUAGCGCUAAAUAAGAUAUAGGAACCCAUUUCUCGCGUUGCUAGGGGAUCGUUUUCUUAUUGCUUUUAACAGACGGUCCGAAAACAGGGCUCAAGUUACUUAACGGGCAAACCGAGGCAAACCUAUUGUGCCUAUUGUAAUAUUCGCUCAUACCGAAUUAGUAUGGAGGAAUACCCUCAUUAGUAUGGAGGAACGCAUUUUUUCUGUAGGUUAAAACAAUGGGUGACGUCAUGGACUCGACCCUUAUGCAUAUCAAUAAAGGGAACACAUAUGGAACGCAAGGGAGCGCACCAAAGGGGCGUAAAAAAAACUUAGUUUACUACUAGAUCAAGAAACAAAAACUGCCAAGUUACCCUAAAGGAGUCGCAUCAAUGAUUGAGACUGUUUUUGAGUUUAAGCUGUGGUUUCUCGUCAUGGAACAUUAAACCCUUUGAAAUUUACGGCCUUUUUCAGUUUCAUAUUGUCCGUGUGACCACGUUUUCGGUGCAAAUGGUUACUUAUUUUUACCUAAAACGUAAUGAUUCAUGUACGUUUAUGUACUUGUCUCCCCAGUUGUCUCUCUCAAUUGAGCGCUAUUUAAUCACUAGGUAGCCCCCGGCAGGCACCGAUUUUUGAUUGAGAUAAACUUUCAGCUAACUCGAACUUCCACUUAGAAGUUCUACAGACAUUAACUUGCGUUCCUAAGAGUUUCCGAAUUGACCAGAUUUGUACCACACUAGUUAUUACUUGUUGUGACUGGUAGGGGACCAAUCAUAAAUGGUAAAACUCGAUUUUUCGACUCGAUUAGUCGAAAAAGUGAGUAGAAUGAUGUGUGUGGUAAAAUAGGUCUUAAAGGCCAGUCUUAUAGAAAAGUACAGGACAAAACCAACAAGGAGGCCCAUUUUUACCAUGCAUGAAUUGAGAACUAACGUUGUAAAGCAUAAUGAAAAACAAUUGAGAGGUGAAUCUGUCUCGGAAGGUUUUUAAACCGUAGAUGUGGCUUUUUCAUCCUACAAGAACGGACCACUUGAUCUAGAGUAGUAAAACAUAACAGCACAGAAAAUUAAAGCUAUAGUCUACAGUACUGGACAAAAUAGACGGAAAAUCAAGACCUCCUUUCCCUAAAUCCUUUCUUUCAGUAAUGUACAAAAAAUUCUUCUAUAAAUUGCUGCGGAUGUUGUCGCUCCUCACAACGGGCAUCUUUAAAUAUGUAAACCAGUUGAAGAGAAUUUUCAUGUAUUUUCUUAGUAAGGCUGAUAGUUUUAACCUUGUAUGAAUUAAGAUGACACUCAUUUAUUCAUUCAUUAAGAUUGACGUUAGUCUUUAAACAAUGGAACAUUUAUUAAACUAAAUUUUGCUAACCAUUUUUUUGGAAAUAUAACUAUUCACUUGCCAGUCAUAACUGAUUUACCAUUUCUCUUAACAGGUUUGUCCACAGAGCGUCAGAGCCUCCCACUUCAGAAAGUUUCUCAACAAAGUGAGAGCUCACGUGAGCGACAUCCAGGUAUCUUCCUUACUUCCAAUAACUACUUAUCGUAACUGGCAUAAGGAUACUGAAAACAAAGAAUAUUUUCUCUGUUACUAUAAUUGUUUUGGGGGAUUCAGGAUGGACCUUUUUGCAGCAUACUUGUAUAGCCGUCGCAUUAAACCAUGAGUCGUCGUCCUUCGUUUCUUCGUUUCGGCCGCAAAGGUAAAUUUCUGCAAGUUAACGCUAAAAAGUAAGAGAGAUUGAGCGCUCGUUCCUCGCUGGCUUCUCCGCUCGCCCCUUGCGCGUGCUCUCGAUCAACGUUUACUCAAAAGAAAAAUAAGAGACUGCUCGUAGUCUACCGCUGCAUUGGCCGGCUUGGGUUUUAUAUUGCUUUUAAGCUUAAAAGCGAUUUUAAGUGGUUUUAAAGCCUUAAGAAGAAGUGAUGGAAAUUUAUGUUGUUUUGUUCCUAUAAUCAUGUGAUUUCCCGAAAAAAAAUUUUGUAUGUUCGCGGGCCUUCAAGACGGUUUUUGGGAGAUAAUUUAUAAAAUCAAUGAAAUAACUAAAUAACGGAAUGAGGCAAAAUAAUAAUAUAAGCCAUUUUUCCGCUUACCACAGAAUUUACCAAAUUGUUACAGAUAGACACCUCGAGUUUGUUUACAUCGAAAACGAUUUCUUACAUUGCGUCUAAAAAGCGAAUAUUUCUUUCUUUUUAAGGUACUGUUCAAGUGUUAAUCGAAUUAGAAGGUGCUACCUAUAAAACAGAACAGAGUGCGGAUCUGAAAGGAUUAAUGAAGGAGAUGGCGAAUCAAUUUUUUGACACCAUGGCAGAUAACAUUCCAACUGAGUCAAUCCCUAUGGGCGUCCGCUGUUAUUUGGAAGGAGUGCUUCAGGUUAAAGUUAAGGAUGCAGUUGAGGGUAGUUUAAGAAUAACAGUGGAGUGUCACAGUCUUGAAAUCCUUGAAGAGCUUUGGAAGGACUAUUGCUCUGGUAAUCUGAAUGAGGUUGCUGAAAAAUACCUUUUGACAGACGACAUAAAGAGGAGACUUCAUGUAGAGUCUAUUACGUUAAAGACAAUAAUUUUGGAAGAGGAUUACUUGGUUUGCAAGGAGUGUUUGAAAGGUAAUUAA